AUGACAAUCACAUCACACGGCAUCACAUUCACAACUCACUUUUACUCAAACAGAUUGAAAGGGAUCACAUUGAGAUCCGUGUGGGUGGUCGAUAUAUAUAUCAUGCUGUUGAGGGCUCCGUGCAGACUUCAUCAAGAGUUGUCACUGAGAUCUUUACUCAUCCUGAAGUCGCUGGCUCAACACACAAGAUUGUCAAAGCAACUGCAGAAGAGCCUCCCUAUGUCGCAAAGAGCGACCACACUGGAAAGGAAACGGUGUACAACAAAAGUGCAUUCGAGAAGGAGCUCAAAGAAUGUGAACAACUUCACCAAUAUCACAAGACUGAGCAAAUGUAUUCCAUUUGCUCAGUAG